UUUUCAGCAUGACAAAAAUCCUUGGAACACUGACUUGUCCAGCCCUCAUGUCGUACCUCGGCCGUCGAAGAACACAUCUCCUCACCACGCUACCUGCCUUCGUGCACUGGAACCUAUUCACCUUCGCGAGUUCCUUACCAGUCUUCAUCAUCGCCAGACUAUUACAAGGCUACGCAAUAGGCAUCCAUGCCACUAUGAACAGUAUGCUUAUAGCAGAAUACACUGAUCCCAAGUACAGAGCUUCCUUUGCAGCCGUCACAACGAUUUCUAUGGGAUUAGGAAUCAUAUGGGUCCACUUCUCUGGUACGCUACUAGACUGGAGGAUGACGGCCGCCGUAUGCUCUUUAUUACCGGUUUCUACAGCCGUCGUCACGUGGCUAUCACCAGAAACACCAAGUUGGCUGGUUUCAAAAGAAAGGUAUGAAGAAGCGAGAAAGGUUUUUCUAUGGUUGCGGGGAGACGGUGAUGAGGAGCGAAAGGAAAUAGAAGAUUUUGUAGCAGACCAUAAGAAAAAUAGAAAGUCUGAUGAAGAUAAAGGCAAAAAAGGAUAUCUUAUUGAAAAUCUUAAAAGGAUUAAACAAGCGGCUUCAGUCAAGGAAUUUUAUCAACCGCUGGCCAUUUGCCUCAGUUUUUGCUUAAUUUACGAGUUUGGGGGUGUUCACUACAUGCCAGCGUAUGGUAAUCUAAUAUUGAAGUAUUUGCUCGAUAAAAGCGAUGCCAAAGACGUUAACUGGCAACUGAAUGCUUUGGAUAUAUUGAGACCUGUAUCAGCUGGUUUAGCAGUUAUAGUUCUCAAGAAUGUUAAAAGGCGCACCAUAAUAUUUUUAUCUGGUGGUUUAACUAUAACGUCUUUUAUAUCAAUGUCGAUAUAUCUAUACGUUCGUGAUGCUGGUGUAUUCAAGCAAAGUUGUUUGUGCGACAUUUUUAUAAUGUCUUUGAUGGUUUUGUAUACGGUAGCUUUUAACAUAGGGUUGUGUCCCAUUUAUUUAGUAAUUUUCGGAGAAAUUAUACCAUUGGCAUUUAGAGGAAUUAGCAGUUCUAUAGUUAUAAGUUUUCUCAGUCCAUCUACGUUUACUGUUAUGAAAUCUGCUCCUUAUAUGUAUUCUGCAUUGGGAGUUCAAGGGACAUUCCUUGUAUAUUCGUUAAUUUUGUCAGUAUGUUUAAGUGUAGUGUAUGUGUUGCUACCUGAGACCAAGGAUAGAACUUUGUUAGAUAUUGAAAAAGAGUUCAAGGGAAGAAGGAAGGUAGAAGAAAUUGCUGAUGUUGAAAUGAAACUAAUGAGUUCAAAAUGAAUUUAAAUACAUGUGGCCAUGUAAAAUAAAGGGCGAACGACUUUAGCACAGCUGGAAUUUCGACGAAGUUUUAGGUAAAAAUAAUCAAUUAUUUAAUUUGUUAAGGUAUCUUACCCUGUCGGAUUAAAAGUUAUUUGAGGUACAUAAAAACAUUUUUAAUUCAAGAGCUUUAUAUAUUUAAAAAGUAGAUAACUGAAGGGACACAAUAAAAUUGAGAGAUUUUAGUAAUUAAUCAUUAAUGAUAAAAAUAUUAAAACUCUAAAAAAGCUAGGUAAGUAUUCAUAAUCAUUUUUGCGAUGAUAAAAACGAAAACUGGUAUUAAUCAACAAAUAAAAUAAAAAGAACAGUCAUACAGUUUUUGUAAUGAGAAAUAAAAAUAUAAAACAAAAAUGCCUCUUCCUUUUUGAAGCCGUUUAAAAAAACACAUACACAUUCAGCGCGUAACAAAUUAUUUUUUCUAACCUAGAAAGUGAACAGUUUUAUUCUAUGA